AUGCUGGUGCUGCUGAUUCCCCUUUGGCUGGUGGCGGGUGCCUCCGGGUGUGGAGAGCCCGUCUACGCUCCCAACGCAAGAGUGGUCAACGGUGAGGAUGCCAACCCCUUCAGCUGGCCCUGGCAGAUCUCCCUGCAGUAUGAGAAGGAUGGGGUAUUCCGUCACACCUGCGGGGGGAGUCUUAUUGCCCCCAACUGGGUCAUGACAGCCGCACACUGCAUCUCCAAGUCCCGGCGCUAUGAGGUGGUGCUGGGAGAAUAUGACAUGGAGCAGGAGGAGGGUUCGGAGCAGCACAUCCCUGUGAACGCUGAUGACAUUUUUGUGCACCCAAAAUGGAUAUCCUUCUGCGCGGCCUGUGGCAACGACAUCGCCUUGCUGAAGUUGUCCCGCAGUGCCGAGCUGAAUGACAAGGUGAAGCUGGCCUGCCUCCCGCCCGCAGGGGAGGUCCUGCCCAACAAAUACCCCUGCUACAUCAGCGGCUGGGGACGCCUCUACACCGGCGGCCCCCUCCCCUCCAGACUGCAGCAGGCGGUGCUUCCGGUGGUGGACCACGUGCACUGCACCCAGCCUGACUGGUGGGGAGCCCUGGCGAUCCGGGAAACCAUGGUGUGCGCCGGCGGAGACAUCCGGGCAGGCUGCAACGGUGACUCGGGCGGCCCCCUCAAUUGCCAGGCUGCAGAUGGAAGAUGGCAGGUCCACGGCAUCGCCAGCUUUGUCUCUGGAUUGGGAUGCAAUGCCUUGAAGAAACCCACCGUCUUCACCCGAGUCUCGGCAUUCGAUGGCUGGAUCCAGGAAACCAUGGCUAGUCAUUCAUGAUGAGCUGAG